GGCCUCCGCUCACAGCGCGGCCCGGCGGCAUGGCGGCGGCGACGGAGCGUGGCCGCGAUGGCAGCUGCCACUUCCAGCGCUCCCGGCUCAUCUGGAUGGUGGCCAUCAUCUUCGGCAUGAUCCUCCUCGGCUGGGUAACACUUUGGCCUUCAACUAUACCUUAUAGUUACUUGGGAUUAUUUGGAACCUUCCUUAAUUAUUUAGUGGAACACCACCACAAAUGGGUAUGCUAUGGGUUCUGGAUAUCCUGGUUGAUUCACAUAGUGGAAGCCCUCUACGGUAUUAAGUUAUGCCAAGCCAAAGGAAUCACUGACCCAGCUGUUCAGUUUCAGUGGUUUGUUCAGACCCUUUUAUUUGGAUACGCUUCCUUCGGUCUCCUGGUGUCUUACAAGCCUGCAGACAAGAAGCAGUACUAGAAGACAAUGCAAGAGGUCACCUCUCACAUACCUGAUCUCAUUUUUCUGAAAAGACCCCCAUAUACAUGUCUAGGUGCUAUAAUUAGCUAAAUUACAUUCCUGCUGCAUGAUGCAGUGCCCUUCUACCCAAACAGCUCUCCUCUUACUAAGCAACACCAUUAAAAUUCACAGGGCCCUGUGGAUAGUUCAGUAGAAAAUCAACUCUUCAGUCUUAGCACUGCCAAAUUUUAAUCCUAUUUGUUAUGCAAGAAGCCAGAAGUUGCUCCUGUGCAGAUUUUGACAUGUGUACUCUGUCACUGACAGCUGGUAGCAGUGGCUGAUAAAUCACUUUUUCAUUGUUCUACAACAGGGAGGGUUAUUGACAGCCACAAGGCAGCUUGCACCUGUUUUGUAAUAGGAUUUAAAUUUACCUAUGUUUUCUCUAUGGGACUGACACUGUUGUUAAAGCCUGCUCUUUGCACCUUGUUUUGUCUGCUUACUUUUUUUCCACAGAGGACAGACCACUGUACUGCUGCAGGCACAUUGAAAAGACCAGGUCUCAGCUCAGGAUGAGGGACAGUGAGCUUGGAUACAUGAAGCACUUUAACUUGGUUUAAUAUUAGUGCCUUACAAUUAAUGCAGCAUGACCUCAUCUUUGUAGUGAAGAUUUUAAGUUAUGAGUUAUUGUCAUAUAAAGUAGCUUUGAGGGCAGCUUUUUUGAGAAGUGAUUUAUUACCUAAAGGAAAAAAAAUAUCAAUC